AUGUCAGUUGAAAGUAAGCUGUCUACAGAGCACACAAUGAUUGAUGAUGAAGGGGAUGAUGACGAAUUUUAUACGCCAGCUUCUCAUGACGCUAUAUUGGCUAGAAAAUCUAUUUUAGAAUAUUCACUAAAUAAAUCAAAGAAACGCUUAUUAAAUUUUAAGAAUAGUCUGGAGAUAUUGCCACAAACCGAUCGAAUAAAAAAAAAUAUUCAAUCACGUAGAUAUUUAUCGGAGAAGUUGUCAAAGCUAGAUCUGUUCACCUCUGAAAUUGUAUCAACUAGACCUAUUGCCAAAAUACGAAUUUGUCCUUCUUCUAAUGAUCAACAACAACACAACGCUAUUUUCUCUACUUGGGAUGGGGAUGUAAAAUUACUAGACUAUGAACAAAUGCAAGUGAAAGACCAAUUAAACUCGAUACAUCGUGGCAAAAUAACAGGAUUAGAUUGGAACGUGGAUGGUAAGUCAUUUGCAUCAGGAGGGGAGGAUGGUAUUGUGAAAUUAUUUUCUUUUGAGAACGAAAAAAUUCAGGAAUCUAAUAGUAUCGAGGCCCAUGAAGCUAGAAUAACUGCGGUAAAAUAUCAUGGCUGCGCUUCACUCCUAGCAACGAGUUCAUUUGAUUCAACCUGGAAAUUAUGGGAUCUCGCCAAGAUGACUGAAUUAUAUCUACAAGAAGGUGGUCAUUCAACUGAAAUUUUUAAUUUAGAUUUUCAUCCUGAUGGCUCACUUUUAUCCAGUGUUGGUGGUGAUGGGAAUUGUGUACUCUGGGAUUUACGAUCCGGUAAUAGAAUAUUGAAUAUUAGAGGUCAUGUAGGUCAAUUAUAUAAUGGCUGUUGGUCGCCGAAUGGUUCUGAAAUAGCUACUGCUGGAGUUGAUGGUGUAAUUAAAAUUUGGGAUAUACGUGCUAAGGGAAAGGAAUUAUCGUCUAUAUAUUUGCAUAAAGGUGUCAUAUCUGACCUCCGUUGGGAGAAUAUGUAUGGUAGGUAUUUGAUAUCUUCAGGAUACGAUGGAAAAAUUGGAAUUAUAAAUGCUGAUACCUGGAAAGUCAUAAAUUCCAUGUCAGGUCACACUGGGAAAGCGUCAACCCUUGAUGCUCACGGUGAGAUAAUAAUUAGUGGUGGUUGGGAUAGAUCUAUUCGGAAAUGGUGUGAAUAUUAG